GACUAUUUUAUCCUUAUCUGAUGCAAAGUACAAUUACAAUUUAGGAACCCUAACCUUUCUUAAUGUGUUGUAUUAGAUGACACUUGAUCUUAAUCGUGUAUUGUUUCAUUAAAAUAGAAAAAAAAGGCUUCCGAUACAGGACAAGUACGAUGAAUGUUCAAAUAAGGUACCCUUAUGAGGGUUUAUUACAUAAAUAUACAAAUGCGAUGAAAGGGUGGCAGUAUCGUUGGUUUAUUCUUAGUCCUGAAACCGGUGAAUUGCAUUAUUUUCUUAGUGAAUCCGAGAAAAACCAACGACCACGUUGUUCCAUAUAUUUAGCUGGUGCAGUUAUAGCACCUAGCGACGAAGAUUCUAAUACUUUUACUGUUAAUUCUGCAACAGGAGAUAUGAUCAAAUUAAGAGCUACCGAUGCUCGAGCUAGACAGGAAUGGGUGGACAAAUUGCGAGCAGUUACAGAAAUGUAUACAAGAGCAAUAGCUAGUAGUCAUCCUCCAUUACCACCCAGAGAACAUUCCACAAAUACCAGCAGAAAUCCUGUUGCCAAAUUAGAAGUCCUCGAUGCCUUUGCUAAUUGCCAGGAGCAAUUAAGAAAAGUGGAAAAACAUAAUGUUGCAUUGGCACAAUCAAUUGAAAAUUCAAAUAUGAACUUAGAUCCAGAUUUAUUAGUUCUUAAAGCUAUGGCUCAUACAACGUUACAUACGUUAAAUCAAUGCCUUAAUAUAUUAUACCAAUGAAAGAAUACUGUUUGAGGGCUUCUUUAAAAACUUCAUACUCAAAUUUAUUUAAUAAUUCUUUUCUCAUAUAGGAAUAUUCAAGCAUAUCUAAUACAUUUCACUUUGUUUCCAUUUUAUAUCAUUUCAUUUAAUAAGUCUAUCAACUUAUCGUUAGUGUAAUCAAAAGAACUAGUUCUUCCGAACACUUCAAAUAAAAAUCAAUGAGGUUUCACGUUCA